AUGAAGCUGUCCACCAUCUUCCUUUUGCUGUCCCCCCUGGGACUCAGCGCCGCCUCCUCGCCCACCGAUCACUCGUGCGGCAAGCUCGGCGUCAUGACCGUGGACCGGUCCAAGCUCCCGCUCAACGUCGACCCAAACAACAUCCGCGAGUGCGCCGACCAUCCGGAGGGCGGCAGCAAAGCCAGCCGCCGAGACCCCGAAGCCGCCGCCGAGUGCUGGUUUGGCAAGCCGAGCGGCUGCAGCAGCGGGUACUGCUUCAAGACGUGUGGCAACGGCGGGGAGUGGUGCUGGACGGCGUCCAACGGGGGCUACGGGGACUGGAUCACCUGCAAGAGCGACUCGGCGUGCAGUACGGACCAGGCGUGCGGCCAGGGCGACAACUGCAGUGCCUGCGGGUGCAGAUGCUGA